CCGUGUUGCUGGACCAGUGAGACGCUGCGGCUCUGUGGCCUGUGGGGGGGGGGGGGUUCAGGGUCUCCCCAGCUGUGGUGCAGAGGCAGCUCGGCCCUGUCUGUAGGGGGCACAGACUGAGCCCCGUUGCUGGGGCACCUCGCAGCCCCACUGCACAGAUGGGAACUGCGGCCUGGCGAGGCAGGGACUGGCCAGAGGCCGCCCAGGGGCUGAGCUGGUUCCCAGGCAGUGCCCCAGGCGUGGGCCUGGCCCAGCGGGAGCAGCUGGCCGUCUGGUCCUGGCAGGGGAGCGCAGCGUCGGCGCCGCAUGCCCAAGGAGCUGCACUGCGUGUCUGGCACAGAGAACACGGGCCUGGCCCUGGCCGCUGCUUGGCGCCACUCACCCAGGCUCUGACUGCAGCUCUCUGGCAUCCCCUCCCUGCUGCUCUCCGGAGCCUGCCCCCAGGGUGCCUGGCUGGAUCCGGUGCUGCCAGUGACCCAGAGCGAUGGGGCGACCCGCUACCUGCUGCUGGCCCUCAGAGGGGUGGCAGCCCGGGCUCCAUCAUCACCCUAGUCUAACCUGCUCUCUCUCUCUGCUGCCCACCCUGGGACCACAGAAGGACUUUCUGGGCCAGGCGUUCGUGGCACUGGGCGAAGUGAUCGGAUCCCAGCGGAGCCGCUUGGAGAGACCCCUCACGGGGGUCCCAGGGAAGAAGUGUGGGACCAUCCUGCUGUCAGCUGAGGAGCUCAGCAACUGCCGGGACAUUGUCACCAUGCAGCUCUGCGCCAACAAGCUGGACAAGAAGGACUUCUUCGGGAAAUCCGACCCCUUCCUCGUCUUCUACCGCAGCAACGAGGAUGGCACGUUCACGAUUUGCCACAAGACAGAAGUAGUGAAAAACACACUCAACCCGGUGUGGCAGCCAUUCUCCAUCCCCGUGCGAGCCUUGUGCAACGGGGACUACGACAGGACGGUGAAGAUAGACGUGUACGAUUGGGACCGGGAUGGAAGCCACGAUUUCAUCGGGGAAUUUGCCACGAGCUACCGGGAGCUUUCCCGCGCUCAGAGCCAGUUCACAGUCUAUGAGGUGUUAAAUCCAAAGAAGAAAUGCAAGAAGAAGAAAUACAUCAACUCUGGAACGGUGACCCUUCUCUCCUUCGCCGUGGAGUCCGAGUUCACCUUUGUGGAUUACAUCCGAGGCGGGACACAGCUGAAUUUCACAGUCGCCAUUGAUUUCACGGCCUCCAACGGGGUCCCGUCGCAGCCCACCUCCCUGCACUACAUGAGCCCAUACCAGCUGAGCGCUUACGCCAUGGCACUGAAGGCCGUCGGCGAGAUCAUCCAGGACUACGACAGCGACAAGCUCUUCCCUGCCUACGGUUUUGGUGCCAAGAUCCCGCCUGACGGCAGCAUUUCCCAUCAGUUCCCCCUGAACAGCGACGUGGAGAACCCGAGCUGCGUGGGGAUCGAUGGCGUCCUGGAGUCCUACUUCCAGAGCCUGCGCACGGUGCAGCUGUACGGGCCCACCAACUUUGCCCCCGUCAUCAACCAGGUGGCCCGCUCGGCUGCCCAGAUGACGGACGGAUCGCAGUACUACGUCUUGCUCAUCGUCACCGAUGGCGUCAUCUCUGACAUGAUGCAGACCAAGGAGGCCAUCGUCAAUGCCUCUGCCCUGCCCAUGUCCAUCAUCAUCGUGGGAGUGGGCCCGGCAGAGUUUGAUGCCAUGGAAGAACUUGAUGGAGAUGACGUGCGGGUCUCCUGCAGGGGGCGCUAUGCAGAGCGGGACAUUGUGCAGUUCGUGCCAUUCCGGGAUUACGUGGAUCGCUCCGGGAACCAGGUGCUGAGCAUGGCGCGCCUGGCCAAGGACGUGCUGGCCGAGAUCCCGGAGCAGCUGCUCUCCUACAUGAAGAGUCACGACAUCAAGCCCCGCCCUACCGACCCACAGUAGCUCCGCCUCUGUGCAGCCCAAGCCAAUCAGACACUGCUGCUCCUGCCGGGCCUGAGACCGCGCCCCCCAGCCCUCGCCUGCCUGAGCCGAGCUGGCUGUCGCCCCCUGGAUGCAGCCCCAGAGGCUGGCUCGGCCCCGCAGGGCUGGCACUGUGCCUCUGUCAGGGGGGAGGGCAGCUUCCUGUGGCUGGCCUGGGCUCCCUUCCCUGCCAGCUGCGGGCAGCCCAGGGGCCUGGGAGCAGGGCAGGGUCAGAGGUGUUCAGCAAUGUCUCGUCAGGCCCUUCCCCCGGCCCAAUAUGGGGGCGCGGAGCCCUGCUCUGUCCAGAUCCUGCCAAUAAAGCUUUGUAGGU